GCCCUCCCCUCGGUCCCAGCUCGCGGCCCGCCCCGGCCCCGCGGAUGAGUGUAUAUAUUCCGAGCAGGCGCGGGACGCCGAUGUGUGGCAGCGCCGAAGGAGCUGGGUGGAGUGUGGCCUUGCGGAGAGAGGUUUACAAGUGCAGAAAUUACAUUACUGUUUUCACAGAGCUUGGCCAUUAGAGCAUUAUGAAUGUUAACGACCUCAGACUCAGGUUGUCCAAAGCUGGGCAAGAACAGCUGCUACAGUUCUGGGAUGAGCUGGAAGAAGCCCAGCAGGUAGAACUUUAUGCAGAGCUCCAGGCCAUGAACUUUGAGGAACUGAACUUCUUUUUCCAAAAGGCCAUUGAAGGAUUUACCCAGUCCUCUCACCAAAAGAAAGUGGAUGCACGCAUGGAACCUGUCCCUCGAGAGGUGUUGGGCAGUGCUACGAGGGAUCAAGAUCAGCUGCAGGUCUGGGAAAGUGAAGGACUUUCCCAGAUCUCUCAGAACAAAGUGGCAGUCCUUCUUCUAGCUGGUGGGCAGGGGACAAGACUUGGAGUUGCAUAUCCCAAGGGCAUGUAUGAUGUUGGUUUGCCAUCCCACAAGACACUUUUUCAGAUUCAAGCAGAGCGUAUUCUGAAGCUCCAACAGUUAGCUGAAAAACGUUAUGGCAACAAAUGCAUCAUUCCAUGGUAUAUAAUGACCAGUGGCAGAACAAUGGAAUCUACAAAAGAAUUCUUCACAAAACAUAAGUACUUUGGUUUAAAAAAAGAGAAUGUAAUCUUUUUCCAGCAGGGAAUGCUGCCUGCUAUGAGUUUUGAUGGGAAAGUUAUUUUAGAAGAGAAGAAUAAAGUUUCUAUGGCUCCAGAUGGGAAUGGUGGUCUUUAUCGGGCUCUUGCAGCCCAGAAUAUUGUAGAAGACAUGGAGCAAAGAGGCAUUUGGAGCAUCCAUGUCUAUUGUGUUGACAACAUACUAGUAAAAGUGGCUGACCCACGGUUCAUUGGGUUUUGCAUUCAGAAAGGAGCAGACUGUGGAGCAAAGGUUGUAGAGAAAACGAACCCUACAGAACCUGUUGGAGUGGUUUGCCGAGUGGAUGGAGUAUACCAGGUCGUGGAAUAUAGUGAGAUCUCCCUAGCAACAGCUCAGAAACGAAGCUCCGAUGGACGACUGCUCUUCAAUGCGGGGAACAUUGCCAACCAUUUCUUCACUGUACCGUUUCUGAAAGAUGUUGUCAAUGUUUAUGAACCUCAGUUGCAGCAUCAUGUGGCUCAAAAGAAGAUUCCAUAUGUGGAUUCCCAAGGGCAAUUAAUUAAGCCAGACAAACCAAAUGGAAUAAAGAUGGAAAAAUUUGUCUUUGACAUCUUCCAGUUUGCAAAGAAGUUUGUUGUGUAUGAAGUUGUACGGGAAGACGAGUUUUCCCCGCUAAAGAAUGCGGACAGUCAGAACGGGAAGGACAACCCUACCACUGCAAGGCACGCCUUGAUGUCCCUUCAUCACUGCUGGGUCCUCAACGCAGGGGGCCACUUCAUAGACGAAAACGGCUCCCGCCUGCCCGCGAUUCCCCGCAGUGCUACAAAUGGAAGGUCAGAGACCAUCACAGCUGAUGUCCAUCACAAGUUGAAGGAUGCCAAUGAUGUACCAAUCCAGUGUGAAAUCUCUCCUCUCAUCUCCUAUGCUGGAGAAGGACUAGAAAGUUAUGUGGCAGAUAAAGAAUUCCAUGCACCUUUAAUCAUCGAUGAGAAUGGAGUCCAUGAGCUGGUGAAAAAUGGUAUAUGAACCAGACACCAAGUGCCAUCACAAGAGGAAAACCUUUUAUUUUUGAUAGACCAACUGUGAACCUACAGGACGUCUGUUGGAAGUCUGAAUUUGCAAUAUACACAGUUUCAUUUUUCUUGUUGAAAUCUUACAACACAAACAUCCCAAGCUUUCCAUGACUGGACUUCAGAUAGCAUUUUUAUGAUUCUCAGCUCACUGAAAGUCUUAUUUAUAUUUUCAGCUGUAUAAUUUUUUUCCAAGCCAAGGAAACCAUUGGUCACCCAGGAAAUUUCCUACACCACAACUAUAGUCAGGAUGUCCAGCAUCACUUUACUUGGAGCUGGAAGCAUUUAUUUUUGAAGUUGUAUAUAGUAAUGUUAUGUUGUACAUGCUACAGGGUUUCUAUGGUACUAAAAGUUUGUUUUAUUUUAUCAAACAUUGAACUUUUAUAAGAAAAUAAUUGGACAGUAAAAUAAAAUUAUCUUCUUGUC